AUGCCCCAAUUUUUGUCCGGUGUCACUUUGAAAAAUCGCGAGGGUACCGAGCUGGAAGCUGUUGAGCAUCUCAAGGGAAAGGUAAUCGGCCUAUAUUUCUCUGCUAGUUGGUGCCCACCAUGCCGUUUAUUCACUCCAAAACUCAAGGAAUUUUUCGAGGAAAUUAAGAAAAAUCAUCCCGAAUUCGAGGUUAUUUUUGUGUCUCGUGACCGUAACUCCUCCGAUUUGGUCGGCUAUUUCGAGGACCAUCAAGGAGAAUGGACCUAUAUUCCAUUUGGAAGCGAUAAGAUUAUCGAGCUCAUGCAAAAAUACGAAGUCAAAACGAUCCCAGCAAUGCGUAUCGUCAACGACAAGGGCGAAGUGAUCGUUCAGGACGCGAGAACUGAAAUUCAGAAUAAAGGAGACAAGGCGGAAGCCUUGUGGGCCGAGUGGACGGCCCUUUUUCAUUGA